UGUGUCUUGAUGACUCAUUUAGAGAACCGUGGGCAUUUCUGUAAACAAAUUAGCUUUGGAGCCCAUAUAAAGUGAAGCACCAGAAAUAACGGUAGCGCGAGAUGUGAUCGGCGGUCGAGAUCCCGAGCCUGUUUUUGCUCCUAGUCGCCGCCGCUGCUGUUUUUUCUUUUCAAAUUUCUGAAUGAAAUGUCACAAUCACAGUGGCAAUGGGAAACUGCAACCGCCGGUGCGGUGGCGGGCUUCGCCACAGUAGCCGCGAUGUACCCUCUGGACAUCGUCCGUACGAGAUUUCAAGUUAACGAUGGUCGAGUCACCAAUUUCCCGACUUACAAGAACACCGCCCACGCCAUUUUUACCAUUACUCGCUUAGAGGGUUUGAGGGGGCUUUAUGCUGGCUUUCUUCCUGCAGUUUUAGGAUCCACUGUUUCAUGGGGUUUAUAUUUCUUCUUCUAUGGCAGAGCUAAACAAAGGUAUUCUAAAAACAGAGAGGAGAAGCUUAGCUCUGGCCUUCAUCUUGCAUCUGCUGCAGAAGCUGGAGCUUUGGUUUCCUUGUGCACAAAUCCUAUUUGGCUUAUUAAAACAAGAUUGCAGCUUCAGAAUCCUCUAAACAAAAAUCGACGUUAUGCUGGUAUAUAUGAUGCCUUAAGAACAAUACUGAGAGAGGAAGGAUGGACUGCACUUUAUAAAGGACUUGGUCCUGGUCUGUUGAUGGUUUCCCAUGGAGCUAUUCAGUUCACAGCAUAUGAGGAACUGCGUAGGAUAAUGGUUGAUUAUAAAGCAAGAAAACAGAAAUCUGAAAGUGCCAGUAAUUUGUUGAACUCAUUUGACUACGCUGUGCUCGGGGCGUCUAAAAUUGCCGCCAUUCUUAUUACAUAUCCAUUUCAGGUUAUACGAACUCGAACACAGCAAAGACCUAGUGACGAUGGAAUUCCUAGAUACAUGAACAGUUGGCAUGUUGUGAAGGAAACAGCACGGUUUGAGGGUCUUCGCGGAUUUUACAAAGGGAUAACCCCGAACCUUCUGAAAAAUGUACCUGCUUCUUCGAUAACAUUUAUUGUUUAUGAAAAUGUACUCAAAUUGUUACAACAGGUAAGAAAGAAUGAUUGAAGAAGGCAUCAGCAUCGGCAUCAACAUCAACAAUGAAUGUAUGGAGUUGUGAAGGAAGAAAGGUUCAGGACACAUCAACUUAAUCAAAGUACAAAUAUCACAUUACAGAAAAAGAGUUCAACAAAGUUCAACUUAUUUUUGCAAUAUUAUUCUUCAGUGAGUUGUACAUUUCGAUCAUCUUAUUCCACUAUUAUACCAAAUUCUGCUUAUGCUGUCAGA